CUCUUGUUCAUUGGUGACACGAUACGCCCAUCACGCGGAGCUAGCGCCGGGACAUUCCCUAUCCGUGUGCUCUGUCGGAAAUGGCAGUCCUUUUCCCCUCUUCCAUUGGACUGAGCCGCUGUCUGUCGGCUUUCCUCACACUGUCUGCCUCCCCGGCUCUCUGUCUGCUGAGACCGCCGUCAUAUUGGCUGCUAGAAGCAGCAGCGACCACGGCUGAAAAGAACAACUACCACCAUGGUGAAGAACCGGUUUUCGCCGCGUUCAAAGAAUAAUUUAGGAUUUUAAAUAUUUUUGAUCAGUAUUUAACUAAUUCCUUUGGAAAUAUUCGGGAUGAUACUAUCAAGUAUCCUCGUACCUUUCGUGCUUUCAUCCAACACCGCGGUCCACAAUGGGGAUGCAUGCCUGACUUCUCUUAAUAGCCAUUUUUUGCAGACAAAGAGAGCUGCUGAAUAGGGCUUUCAAGAGGCACACGGGUCCCGGGGGCUCCUGUUGAUGAAGAAAGUGGGCAACAUGUGGAGCAACCUAAAAAGCAAAUGUCAGACACUCUUUCACAACAACAGUUCAGGACCCAAUGAAAGCAGGGAUGAGGCCGAUAUCGUCCACUGUGUGGUGGAUCUUGGCCUCGUCGGCAGCUCAGGUGAGGCACAGGCAUCAGGUGCCUCCAGCCCAUCGCGGAGCCUCCUGCCAGUGCCGAUGGCUACAUUGGGACGCCACCACCAUAACUGCGUGUCGGACACCCCCCAGAUAGUGGAGAUUACAAUCGACAAGGACACUGAGGAUAUUCGAGGGGGAUCGGGGGUUCCCAUGGCCCGGAGAGAUUCCUAUUCCCGUCAUGCUCCAUGGGGGGGCAAGAAAAAACACUCAUUUUCCACCAAAACCCAGAGCUCUUUGGAGGCAGAUAGACGUUCUGGACGCCUACGGGGAAGUGGGAGUCGUAGGGAAAGGCGUUACGGGGUCGGCUCCAUCCAGGAAAUAUGUGACUCUGUAUCUGGAGGACGCAGUCUGAACGCUCGGUCUUUGCGCCAGCGGCUAAGCGAUACAGUAGGGCUGUGCUUACCGCUGCCCGCUCGCAGGUGCUCUCGCUCUGCUAAGAACCCUGUCACCUCCAAACGGAAGAUUCACCUGACUGAGCUAAUGCUGGAGACCUGCCCCUUCCCGCCAGGCUCAGACCUUGCACACAAGUGGCACCUGAUCAAGCAACACACAGCACCGGUCAGCCCGCAUUCCUCCACUGCCCUGCUGGACGCCUUUGACCCGGCCCACCCAUCUCCCGAGGACGAGGAGGAGCGUCUGCGUGAGCGCCGUCGACUUAGUAUUGAGGAAGGUGUGGAUCCACCACCCAAUGCACAGAUCCACACCCUGGAGGCCUCAGUGCCGGGCUCCUCUCUCUACAAACUGGGACCAAAGAUGGCUCCUGGCACAGGAGAGGCCUCUGGGGAAGGUCGGCCCCCAGGGGCCGGCAGCUCUGUGGCCGCUGGAUCAGCAGGGGCCUGUGAGCCGGUGUUGGGGGCUGCAGCGUCAGCCCAGGACUGUGACUCUGAAGAGGAUUCGACCACCCUCUGUCUGCAGGCCCGGAGGCCCAAGCAGAGGAACGCCUCUGGGGACGGUCACCAGAGCAGGCAGCAGCCUGGUCCCUGGAAAGUUCACACUCAGAUAGAUUACAUCCACUGCCUGGUGCCGGACCUACUGCAGAUCACAGCUCUGCCCUGCUACUGGGGAGUGAUGGACCGCUACGAGGCCGAAGCGCUGCUGGAUGGACGGCCCGAGGGCACCUUUCUGCUGCGUGACUCAGCCCAGGAGGACUAUCUCUUCUCCGUUAGCUUCCGCCGUUACAACCGCUCACUGCACGCACGCAUUGAGCAGUGGAACCACAACUUCAGCUUUGACGCCCACGACCCUUGUGUUUUCCACUCUUCCACUGUCACAGGACUGCUGGAGCACUACAAGGACCCCAGCGCCUGCAUGUUUUUUGAACCGUUGCUCACGGCGCCUCUCCAUCGGACUUUUCCUUUUGGCCUGCAGCACCUGGCACGAGCCGCCAUCUGCCGCUGGACCACUUACGAUGGUAUAGGCUCUCUGCCGUUGCCCCCUGCCCUGCAGGACUUCCUCAAGGAGUAUCACUAUAAACAGAAAGUACGAGUUCGCUGGCUGGAGAGGGAACCGCCACUCAAGGUCAAAUAGGGUGGGCUUCUCCAUUGCCUGUACACACUGCAGGAGGAUUACAGAACUUAAAAACAAACAAGAAAAAUCAUCAUUAGCCAAUUACACGCUAUACUGAUAUGGCCCUCCUUUUGGCGAGGGACGGAUUUAAAUGUAAGAAGCUAUACAAGAUUAAUUCUAAUCUUUGUUUUAGUUUAUUAUUUGCAUCACACAAAAUACAUAUGAUUAUAUUCAGUAUAACGUUGUCUGGCAAGCACAUGUUUUUGUGUCGAACAGGUUGUUUUGGCAGGGAGGGAAGGCACAAAUAUCAGUGCUUUGUCUAUUUUUUUUUGCCUGCUUUGUGCUAAAUGUCUGCCUGAUCCCACAACAUCACCCUGCCUAUAGACCUGCCUGCAUGCCUCCCCGUAUUCAUCCCAAAUUGCUAUUUAGGCCUACAUGGCUACAUUGUACAGUUCACUUUGGGCUUUCUGUAUUUCUUUUUUUUCUUCCUUAGCUAAAGCACCGUGUGCAUGCGUGCGUGCGUGCGUGUGUGUGGGGCAUCUGGAGAUGCUAUUUUAUUGCAGCCAGAGCUUGUCCCAUGGAUGGAGCUACAUAAGGCACAUUCUUGCCAUCUCUUUGCACGCACAAGCAUCAGCUAAGCCAGGGACAGAUUCUGAGGGUCCACUGAGUUCAGGACAGCACAUCAGGGAAAUGAAGUGCUUUUCUAAGGACUAUAGAUUAGUCUUUUUUUAAAACAAAAACACGUAGUUCCUCCCGAAGCAGUAAUGGUGAAUGUGUGUCCCAUUCAGUGAGCAAGCGGAACACAUCAACUUUAUUCCCACUGUGCUUCAGCACUUUCAAAACCGAAUAUUUUCUUACAAUCUGUCCCCCCUAACAAUUCUCGCCAUAGCUGUAGUUGUCGCGGCUGACAGACAGUUUUUCGUUGGGCAUAGUCAAUUUCUCCAUGUGUGCAAUUUAGCUCCAAGGGUGACAUUUGCGCAGUCUGCUGUCGUUGUGGAAUUAUGUUAAGGCUCAGUUAGAGUUACGUUUUAAACCUGCCUCCUUCAGUUAGUAUUUUUUGGUGGCAUCUAGAAUAUGCUUCUCCCAGUCCGAUGGUUAUCUUUACCAGACAAUUGUAACGUUGCAGAUCGCUUUGAACUUUGGUUACAGUAAGGAUCGCUAACGAGUCUUCUCGGAGGACUCAAGGGCACGUGUGACGAGCUGUAAGUGAAGACAAAAAUUCCAAAUGCCAGUGUCCUUUUAAAAAUGACUGUGAAUUUACCUGAAUGAACAAGAAUCUGCUCGUUAGAAUUGUGAGCUGCAACUCCCACGAUUAGUUUGCUUUACCCCUUUACACCUUAAUUUAUAUUUCUUUUAUGAAAUCAUGUUAAAAUGUUUUUUUUAAAUGAAGAUCACUGUGUUUUGCCAACAGAAAAGAGGUGACGUCUCCUUUUCUUUGGAGUUGAUGUCCCCAAUUCUAUAAACAUAACAUCUCAACCCCCACCACAUCCCCUCGAUGCCCGGUCGCAUUUAUAGUCCCCAGUUAUAGCUCUGAGUGCGGGCAACACUCAACUCUGGAGAGGUUGGCAUAUCUCUGAGAGCUUUAGUUAUGUAACCUGAAUGAUUACUUUUGGGACAAAAACCCUGCCGGCCAGCCGUUCACUUCUGUUUUUGUUCUCAUUGUGAAGAUGAAAUAAGUGUAACCUAUGUGCCUUUCAGAGAUCCAUUUAUCCCGUUCCAUAAUGUGACACGUUUGAGUCUCGGGCAGGCACCAAAGAGGGCAACACACACAAUCGUGAGGGAAGUAACCGGUUUUAUUUGUUCUGGUUACGCUUCUGUUGGCGCACGAUCCAGGCAUCCGCUACCUACCCGCUCCUCUUUCCCUCUCCAGCUACUCCUGCUCUUAUACGGAAAACAAAACACACACACACACACACAAUUGAUCCCAGCUGAGGCUGAUUUACACAUCACGACACCGUUCCCUGAACCCCCCCCCCCCCCCCCCCCCCCUCCCCCCUCCUCCCCUCCUCCACUCCUCCACCCACUCUGUAGCUGAGCCUAGCCACACCCCGCUGCCACACAUAAUAAUUAGUUGUGUGUUGUUUUUUCAACUCUGUCCACUCGGAUGCCAUCAAACAAGACUGAAGAGAAUAAUAGCGGCGAUCUGUAAGCUCAACUACUUAAGGUGCACGUUGGAAGUUUUUGUAACGGAUACAAUCUCAGUGGUGCUCUGUUGGUCUGAGCAAUGACAGAUUAUUGAAAUCAGUUGUACAUCAGUUACAUCUGUUCUCACUUGCUAAUGCAUGCAUUAGUCUCUCGCCAUAUUAUGGCCUAUAUGGGAGUAUUAUGUUGUUAGUGGGUCCAAGGCAGCCCUACUGUAGCAUAUUUCAGUCGAAGGUGAAUCAAUGUCCAGCUCUUGCACAUGCAGGUUGUCAGCGACUUGGCGUACAAAUCCUAGACUCAUUACUGUGAGGAUUUUGACAUUUCUCGUAUUCAUCAAUUCAUCAGCAGCAGUGUUAGUUUUAGCGUUUAGUAGUAAUAAUAAUAAUAAUACACAUUACCUGGCUUUUUUUAAAGAAAAGAAAAGAGAAACUUGGAGAUGGGCAAAGACGAGCAGAGUGAUUCCCUUACGACAUGCUUUCUAGCGAACAUCAUUUACUAGAAAGCAUGUAGAUGUGUGAAACUUAAAAAAAAAAAAAUAUAUAUAUAUAUAUAUAUAUAUGUAUAUAUAUAUAUAUAUAUAUGUGUGUAUAUAUAUAUAUAUAUAUAUAUGUGUAUAUUAAGGCUGAAACCCUGAAAUGCAACAUUGAAAACCUAUUUUCACUUGUUUAUCAGGCAGAAAACCAGAAUUUCUUUUAUGCAGGUGUUGAAAGAUAAUUGUUGUUGGUAUAAAGAUAAACUUUUCUCAAUUCUCACCAACGCAUUUCUUUAGUCUCCCCACCUUGCACUUUGUUCGCAGAAAGCUUGAAUGUGUGUGUCGAGGGCGGCAGGAGUGAGGGACAUACGGUUGACAUUUGAGUCAACACUUUUGUGUUUCAGGAGUUUUCAGGCAUCCACACUGUCGAGGAGAAGAAAACCGUAUCUACUCGAAAAACCCACACAAUUUUUAUUAUCCAACUGCUCUCUCUCUCUCUUCCCCCACCCCCCAAUCUGGCUACAUCCCUAACAUCACUGUGUUGUUAUGGAGGUGACACUGGCGUGGUGUAAACUAAGGCCUGUUAGUCUUCCCCGUUGCUCACUAUCUAACCCCGUCAGGGCGAUGUUAGGCUAAAGUUAACGUUAAGGAGCCAGCAGCAGGUGCAGAGAAGGAGUGAGCUCACCGAGAGCCGUGGCAACAGAGAGGGUUUGGGAUUUGUUGAAGUAAAAAAAGCACUUUAAUUGCGACAGUGCAGUCUGCAAAAUAUGAGGAUAGCGACGUUUUAUUUUUAUUUUGCAUUGGAGCUUAACUCCAGCAUAUUGGAUUUGCAAUGACAAGUUGGGCUGAGUGACUACUCUUAAGACUUUCAUUUGCAUCCGUAUUGGGCAAACAUGCCAGCGAUUUUUCUUUUUGGAAUCAUAUCAUAUGAAGAAUUUGGGUGAACGUAUUUCUUGCAGUCAAUCACUGCUGAAUUCUACCGCACGUAUACACAUGAGCAGACAAUUCUAUGGCCUGCAAGGCCUUGGUUCUUUAUUCUGGCUUGUUUUGGUCAUUUUAUUUUAGUAAAAUAUCCUCAUUCAGUCAGGUGACUGUGCCAGGCAACAACUCCAUUGGUUGUCAUGUCUUUGUGUUAAGGACCAUUGUUGGCUUGCUUUGACUGAACUCGGGGAUCACAUAUGAAAAGAGCUACCCACUCUAUACAUCCAAUAUGGAUUUGAAUGCCCCCAGCACCUGAAUCAAAGCAGAGAGUUGUCACUUUAACCUUUUUAAGAGUUGUGUGUGUAUAUGUAUGUAUGUGUACGUGUGUGUGUGUGUGUAUAUAUAUAUAUAUAUAUAUAUAUGUAUGUAUAUGUAUGU